AAAUUCAAGCCUCUGAAGCGGAGGAACAGAGAUGCAAUUUAUAUUCUGGUCAAAAUGAAGAACACGACUUCCACCCGUCCUUCCCAAAAAUCCAUCCCCCCUGGAAGACAUCACUGAUAUAUUCUUAUACUGCACAGAGUCGAUCGGAAAGCCGAAUCAAGAUUUUGCAAAGAGAUCAUUCUGCGAUCACAGUCUCAGUUUCCUUGUUCAUCGCAAGCUAUCUAUGUAAUGGCAGGUACUGCUGUAACGCAAACCCUCAGAUACUGGAUGACAGAGCACCCUAUAACCGUAUCGUUCCGAUGGAGCCCCACCGAACUAUGGUUUUCCACUUGGUCUUUCAUCAUCAACGCCAUUGCUGCUUACAUCGCCGCCGCUAUUAUUCUGCAUGCCAUCCUAACGAUCUGCCGUCGCCGCCGUCCCGUUCCACUGGGCCCCAUCCCCGCCGUCCACAGCCUCGCCAUGGCCUUCAUCUCCGUCGUCAUAUUUCUCGGCAUGCUCUUAUCUGCCGAUGCCGAAAUUCAAAGCAGCCGGUGGUUAUGGCGGCGAACCAGAACUACCCCUUUCGAAUGGGUCCUCUGUUUCCCACUCGGUAUUCGUCCCUCUGGACCAGUCUUCUUUUGGUCCUACGCUUUCUAUCUCUCUCGCUUCCUCCAUCUGUUUCGAACAUUCUUCACCAUUCUUCGUCACCGGAAGCUAUCCUUUUUCAGGCUGUUCAAUCACUCCAUCCUUCUGCUCACCUCGUUCCUCUGGCUCGAAUUUUCGCAGUCAUUUCAGGUAUCGGCCAUACUAAUCACCACUCUGGUUUACUCCUUAGUGUACGGGUACAGAUUCUGGGCGGAGAUCGGAUUGCCGUCGAAGUGCUUCACGUUCACAGUGAAUUGCCAGAUGCUGUUGCUGGGUUUUACUUUCGGGGGUCAUGCCGGGGUACUUGCACUUCAUUUCCUGAGAGGAGGGUGUAAUGGGAUUGGAGCUUGGGUGUUCAAUGCUGCGCUUAAUGCUGCGAUUCUUUCACUGUUCUUGAGGUUCUAUGUUAACGCGUAUCGCCGGAGAUCAGUCACCGUUGCUUCAGCGUCUCGGGACGGCGAGGAAGCCGGGAAGCCUGCAACGACUUGCGCUGAAUUGUCAAAAAUAGAAUUUGGACGGCACGACGGAGAAGAGAGAAAAGAAUCCUAGACUUGAAAUUUUUUUUUUCCCAGUUGGGUCUUCGAUGUUCCUUCGCCGCCCUUAAUUUUUAUUUCAGUAAGGGGAGUUUGACCCGCUCCUCCAUCUCCAUCAAUUGUAGAUAAAUACUGUUCUGGGCACAGAAACUCCAAGCCCUGGUCAUGGUUAACCGAUAAGUAAAAAAAUUCAAAAUUGAA